UUUUUUUCCUCGUCACAUCGUCCUCUUUAACGUUCACAUUUCCCACGCGGCCCAUCUCUCCCAAGUCCGUCCGUCCGAUCCCCCGCCGCAGCGAGCCGACCCCACUCGCUCCCCGUCCCCGUCGCCGGCGCCCCGCGAAACCCCGUUUCCCUGCGCCGCUGUCCGGACCUCGCGGCUCGCGCGAGCAUUUCGAGCUCCGGCUCGCCGGGGACCGCGCCGGAUCCGGCGGGGCAGGCUCGGCGGUGCCGCGAGCUGCCGCCGCGGUCGGCGCAGAUCCGUGCCUGUGCGCAGGGAAUUUGAGGGGGCCGGCUCCCGGUUGGACUCGGCUUGAGUUGAUUUCCGCGGGUUGGUGGAGGUAGGUUGGUGUGUGGGGAAGCUGGUGGGCGGCCGCGGUACAUGAGCCCCGGAAGCCUGCGCCGCCGCUGCGUCUGUGGUUGGGGAGCUCUCGCGGCGCCAUGAUCGAGCAGUUCGUUAAUUUCGUCAUCCGCCCGCCACGUGCAGAGUACAACCCAGAUCAGUAUUUAUGGGAGCCAGAGUUUACUCUUGCAGGAAGAAAGUACAAACGAAUAGAUUUGGAGCUUUCCAAUGAAAGAAACCAGACCUUAAAAUGCAGCCACUAUGUUCCUGCCAUCAUCCCAGAAAACACUGCCCUUCCAUGUGUGAUCUACUGCCAUGGGAAUAGUGGGUGCAGAGCAGAUGCAAACGAAGCUGCUGUCAUACUUUUGCCUUCAAACAUUACACUUUUUGCACUUGAUUUCGCUGGAUCAGGGCUAUCAGGGGGAGAGUAUGUCAGCCUUGGUUGGCACGAGAAACAGGAUCUCAAGUCCGUGGUGUCCUUUUUGCGGAAGAAUAAGGAAGUCUCUUGCAUAGGUCUUUGGGGGCGUUCGAUGGGUGCUGUUACAAGCCUGCUGUAUGGAGCAGAAGACCCCUCAAUUGCUGGCAUGGUUUUGGACAGUGCUUUCUCUAACUUGUAUGAGCUAAUGCUAGAGCUUGUUGAUGUUUACAAAAUCAGAGUUCCUAAGUUCACGGUUAAGAUGGCUGUACACUACAUGCGCCGUGUCAUUCAAAGAAGAGCUAAAUUUGACAUAAUGGAUCUUAAUGUUGUUCAGUUUGCCCCCAAGACGUUUAUUCCGGCAUUAUUUGGACAUGCAUCAAGUGAUGUGUUUAUUCAGUCCCAUCACACUGAUCGUAUUCAUCAGGCGUAUGCGGGUGAUAAAAAUUUAAUCAAAUUUGAUGGCGAUCACAACUCCGCUAGGCCCCAGUUUUAUUAUGAUUCUGUUUCAAUAUUCUUCUAUAAUGUUCUGAAUCCACCUCAAUUUCCGUCUGCAUGCUCAAAUAAGCUAGAGAAGUACUAUAACCGUGGGGCUGGAACUAAUGAGAGCUUACUGUAUGAGAUCAUAAAUGGUCUAAGGGCUGCUGGUACUGAUGCAGGAAGUUCAUCCGCAGCUGCAGCUAGUUUCACCAAUGCCACAAAAUCAGUAGUUGAAUUGCUGACGGAGAGGGUCAAUCAACUGUCCGUUAAAAAUGAUAGUGACUUGGAUUUCCUUUUGGACGAAAAUCAUAACCUCACUGAAAUGGAAGAGAACACUGCAGAGUCUCAUACACAGGAUAAGGCGAACAGGCAAAGUGAGGAGUGCUGCUCAUACACAAGUUCAAACCGAGAGAGCUGGGGAAGAUGUUCUUCCUUAGGGGCAGCGAGUGAUGUAUCAUCCUCCGGCGAACGUCCUAGGGUUUCCGAUCAUAAGCAUAAGAGCAUGACACUAAGAGCUCUGGCAACACCAUUGAGACGGAUACGGCGGAAACCACUCACCAUACCAAAGGAGAGGAAGAAUAGGUCUCUAUGGAAGAGGCUAAACCAGGAGAGGCAUGAUAUGGGGGAGAGCUUAACCCAGCGUUUCAGGCUGUGCCUCCAGGGCCAGGCUCAGCACAAGAGAACAAAGUCAUCUUGACAACUGUGAAUACUCAGUUUAACCCAGACAAAACUGCUAGGAACACGAUGAUUCACCAACAAAAUGCGUGUUGAUCCUGACCUCUUGGCGCCAAUCCUGCUGCAUAGUUACUACUGAAUCUGUGAAGCCGGCCACGUAACUGUCAGUCUUUGUUCCGUCAGAUUGUUCCACGUUGCUCUUGUAGAUCCCGAGUUUGUAGAAUUGUAGUGUGACCCCUCAUGGUGUGAGGAAGGAACCCGUGCAUUAGCAUGAACAGAUCAGUAGGCUUUCUGAGUUCAAAUUGUAUUUGUACACUACAAGUCAUUUGUUUGUUGUUUGGGAACCUUAUUUUGUACUAUCUGGUCAAGGGGCAGAUUGCCCAUGAACGGUAACAAGUCUCUUGCUUGAGCCGUCUGGUGACUGGUGCAAAGUCGCCUUCGGGCGAAGCAAUCAUGGGCAUUUGAUCUGCUUGGGAGAUGAAAGUUUGAUCUGUUCCGUUCUUA